CUCGCCGUCGCCGGGCGCCCUCGCCUCCCGCGUGGGGAGACAGGGAGGGAGGCCCGGCAGCUGCCAAGGGGCCAAGGGAUGAGCUGGGGCCCUCCUUCCCAAUGGCAUCUCCCCCCGGUCUGGAACUGAAGACACUGAGCAAUGGUCCCCAGGCCCCAAGGAGACCAGCUCCUCUGGGCCCAGUGGCCCCACCCAGGGAGGGCGUGGAGAAUGCCUGCUUCUCCUCAGAGGAGCAUGAGACCCAUUUCCAGAACCCUGGGGACACCAGACUGGGCAGCUCCCCCAGCCCCCCUGGGGGUGUCCCCUCACGGCCCCGAUCCCAAAGGGACGAUCUGUCCCUGCGUUCAGAAGAGGGGCCAGGCCUGGAGCCCGUGAGCCGCCCGGUGGAUUACGGCUUUGUUUCGGCUUUGGUUUUCCUGGUGAGCGGGAUCCUCCUGGUGGUGACCGCGUACGCCAUCCCCCGCGAGGCCCGUGUCAACCCGGACACAGUGUCAGCGCGGGAGAUGGAACGACUAGAAAUGUACUACGCCCGCCUGGGCUCGCACCUGGACAAGUGCAUCAUCGCGGGCCUGGGGCUGCUCACAGUGGGCGGCAUGCUCUUGUCCGUGCUGCUGAUGGUCUCCCUGUGCAAGGGCGAGCUAUACCGCCGGCCGACCUUCGUCCUGGGCAGGGGCUCCAGGAAGACUUAUGGCUCCAUUAACCUGCGCAUGAGACAGCUCAAUGGGGAUGGGGGCCAGGCCCUGGUGGAGAACGAAGUCGUCCAGGUCUCAGAGACUAGCCACAACGUCCAGGGGUCUUAAGUAAGCGCCCACCCUAUCUGGCUGCUUCAGCUGCAGGGCUUCGAGGUUCCCAAGGCUGGGGUUUCAGACUGAGCUCUGCGUAGGGCCCUGUGGAAGGAGUCGUGGGUGCCGGAGGGGGAGCCUGGGGCCUGGCCCAGGCUUCACUUGGGAGAGCGGCCCCCUGAUCUGUUUUGUAGCUCGAGGUUUUGCAUAAGGUUUUGUUUGAAGGAUGGCUUCUGCUGCUAAAAAUACAAAAGUUUGGAAACUGCUGCCCUUGGAGGAUGAGGUUUCUUGGCAUUUCCGAGGAUUGAGAGCUGUUUGGAAGGCUGCCCAUCCUGUUCCUCGUGCCUUGGGGAAUUCCGGGAUCUCUGCUGUCCUCAUCGGCCGUGUAUGGGUGUUGGGCGACCUUGGAGGGACCCCUUUCUGCCCUGACCAUCUAAGGUGGGAGGUGGCUUCACGAUGAGGGGAGAAGUCACCACUGGACGACCUCCCCUCUCCAGGCCUCAGUCCCCCUGACUGUGAUCUGAGAGGGCUGAUCUGGAUGGUCAGGCCCCUCCUGUUCUGCCCUCAGAAUUCCUGUGUGGAAUGGGAGCCCGGUGUCUGCGUCUGUCCACUCCUUCCGGAGGGGAGGGUGUUCGGCAGGUGCUGAUCAUUCAUGCCAUUUUCUGACCUCGUGUUGGUGGCCACCACUGUCAGAUAGCCACCAUCUCACAAGGUCCUGCUAAAGGACCCCAGGUGAGGCCGGGCUAAAUCCAAAAUUUGCUAUAGCCUGAUUUUGGCCUUGGGAUAGAAGUACCUGCAGUGACUAGAUCUUAGCACACAUUUUAUAUAGUCACAUGCACAGUUUUCACUAACUUCCUGGACAAGAGCUGGGUGGGGGUGGACUUUCAAACAAAGGGUGAGGGCUUUGUUGUAUUUCUAUGGACACGGUGUGGGUCUUUGUUACCUCCGCUUCCUCAACAGUACGUCUCUUGAGCUUGAUCUUAUUCUGGUUAACAGAAAAAAAAUUUUUUUAAAUGCUGAAUUUGUAACCUUCCUCCCCUAACCCCCCUAGCAGUAAAGCCCCAGUUUAUCUGGGGAGAAACCAGGCACAUUCUGGUGGCCUGGAUACUCUAGCUACUCUGAUCACUGUUCUGUUUCUCUUGUCAAGUGUUUCCAGUCUCCAUCCAGACUCUCCUCACUGACAAGGAAAGGAAGUAGGCCCUAGUGGGCAAGGAGAUAAAGGUGUCUGAGGACUGGAGGAGGGCGUUGUCUGUUCUAAAUGGCCCUAGGGGGCUUUGAGAGUACAUGCCUUCCAGACCAUUGAUGUGAAGACUCUAUAAAGGGGUCAUUUCGGUGAGCCCCCUGACCCCGUGCAGGUCCUUCUUACUCUGUUGGCCAUGGAUCCUAACUGACUCUUAGGAGUGGAAGGGUGGGGUGGGUAUGGGGUCUGUAAGCUAGAGCAGCCCUGAUUAUUUGUAACCUGAGCCUCCGUUCUAGUGGGUUGAACAUCUGGGCAGUGUAACAUCACAGCUUCUAUAACGGAUCAAGUAUCUGCUCCCACUGGCAGGUUUUGCGAGCACAAGGGGGCUGGGGGAGGGCUGGAGGGGACAA